AGUACAAAGACAGUUAUGACUGGAUUUUCUAAUUGCUGUUAAUUUGAUUAAAUUCAUCCUUAAAAGCGCGAGAAAACUAGUACUUGAGUUAUCCUUGUCCAGCCGAAGCGUGCAGAGGUCUGUCAGAGGUGUCGAGGGUUCACGACCGUUUCACUACGAAGUUCGAUGAGAUUAACAGGGAAGGUGGAGUUGUGGUUGCCGAUUUUAUCCAGCGAAAAAACUUUACCACCAGGGGUCCAAAAAUGCCAAAGACAAGCCCGAGGGUUUCAGUACUCGAUCAAGUUACGAAGACGACCUGAUAUUUAUUACGAUGCAGAGAAGUUUGUUCAGUUCUUUUGAGUGAUCGGCGACACUGCGCCUUCUGAGAACAUUAUCAAUCUCGUACUUCAGUUAAAGCUCCUCAAAAGAAAGAUGACAUUCCGCUUGUAUCAGCGUGUUUGUUUGUGGUCCAAACUGCCUACUGUUCCUCAAGUAUAUUUUACUUUGGCGAUUAUUUCGUUUGUGUGUGGAAGCCUUCUGGCCUGUGGUCCCGGGCCAACCGGAACAAAUACUCGUUCCAGGACUCCGAUGAAGUUUCGACAAAGAAUCCCUGAUGUGGAGGAGACCUCAAUACAAGCCAGUGGAGAAUAUGUCGGUCGAGUAAAGAGAAGUGAAUUGGAGGAAAACUUUAACACAGAUAUCGUUUUCAAAAACGACGAAAAAAAUGAAGAUGAUAGAAGAAUGACCAAGAAUUGCCAAGACAAACUCGCCAUUCUAGCAGCUGCAGUGAAAACAAAAUGGGGCGUCAGGCUCCGAGUUAUCGAUGCUUACGAUGUAGACAGUGGUAAAAAACACCACCAUGGCAAGCACUCUCUACACCAUGAAGGACGAGCUGUCGACAUCACCACAGAAGACCUUGAUAGGGCUAAAUACCCUCAGCUAGGGAGGAUGGCCAAUGAGGCCGGAUUCGAUUGGGUUUAUUAUGCAACUAGAAGCUACAUUCACGCAUCUGUUAAAACUGAAGAUGCUGAAAAAGAAAGGUUGAGUUACAACUGCUUUCCUGAAAUAGCUUCUGUCCGCCUCGAAGGAGGACGUACAAAGACUAUGAAGGAGCUUAAAAUUGGGGACAAGGUUGCAGCCAUGGAUACAAGUGGUCGCAUAGUUUACAGCAGAGUGGUGACAUUUCUAGACAUUAAACCCAACACUUCAAGUGAGUAUCUAUCCAUCCAGACGAGAAACCCUGAGGCUGAAGUGACAAUUACGGAAUCGCAUUUGAUCUAUCAGCUAAACAAACAUUCGCCACUGGAGUCGGUGCGUUUUGCUCGGGACUUAAGAGUCGGAGACUUUGUUUACGUCCGAAACGGUGCUGGUUUAGAGAAAUUCACAGCUGGACGCGUGAGUGGAGUCAAACGGAGCACAGCUAAGGGGGCAUACGCACCACUCACGGAAACUGGAAACAUUUUAGUUGAUAACGUCCUUUGCUCGUGUUAUGCCGUAAUUUCCAAUCAUGAAUUAGCUCAUUGGAGUUUUGCCCCACUGAGGUUUGCAGAUUGGCUUUUCCCGGGCAUCACUGCUCACAAUAGCUCAGGUAUGCAUUGGUAUGCAAGAACCCUUCAUGAAAUUUACACAAGUUGGUAUGAAAUUGCCUCGGGAAACUAGUGAAAACUUCCAAAAGCUAAGCCUUUCAUUAUGGCACCUGUGAUCUUGACCAAGGUGGAGGCAGUGGAUAUCAUGUGUAAAGGCUAGAAACGACUCUACGUGCCGCUUCAGUUCACAGCAAUGUGGUUUAUUCUAUGUCGACUUUCAAGUGUUAUCUAUAUACUUGGCAGCAUCAAAAUAUCAGAAGCAGCAGAGUUUCUAAAUGGUGAAACCUCAUAAAACUGUGAUAAUUCUUGGAAUUACUGACGAGACAUCUUGAAUUUAAAGCUCAGAAGAGUGCCGUGAUCAAUUUCUCGGCAUCGGACCUUUGCAUUUUGAAUUAUUUGAUUUUUAUUGAAUAUGACUGAUAAAUACAAUGAUAAUUAGGCUAAUUAUGGCCUGCCAUUGGCACCCCGCUGACAGCACUUAUCAGUUUACUUAUGAACUCGUUACCUUGGCUACCUUAAACUUUAGCCCGCAGCUCAGGGAGUUCGUAUGACGUAUACAUACAGCGUUUAGUCUUGUAAAAUAUUUUGGACGUUAUGAGUAACUUAGCAAAAACUACACCCAAACAGUAGAGGCAACAAAAAUAUCAGAGUGGUUUGAUUCAUUGAGAAAAUUGAUUAUAGGUAAAGUAGCCCAGAUGUAAAUACAUAUUGUGAUAAGGUGUUUCGAGUCGGAGCACUGGCCACUGUUCGAAGAAGGCCCUUAAUUUCAGUUUACGGUUUCUGCAAAUGCUGAACAGUUGAUCAGAAUGACCUUUUCGUGCCCUCUGUCUGCUAUUUUGCUCAUUUCAUGAACACAUGAAAUUCCCUUCUCAAGACUAGUAGAAAUUGUAUAAUUGUAUUUCUUCCUCUGAGGAACGAAAUACCUUUAGUCGGUUUGUACAAAUACUUUUUUCUAAGUGUAUUUAUUACAAUUCUAUUGAAAAAAUGCAGAGUAUGAUAUGAAUCUAGACAAUUUAAAUCAGGAAAACCACUUAUACUGCAAAAGUUGAAUUAUCUGUUAAAUUUGUGAUUCAAACCAUGACAGUUCCGUCUCAACGAAA